CUUCCACCACCAACAAUCCUCUCAGUUACUCCAACCCAUCCAACCCAACCACAAUGAAGCCAGCUACUCGAUUCGCCAGCACCGCCAUCCGUCGCGCCGCCCGAACUUCCCUCCGCGUCCAGUCGCCCGCCAAUUGCAUCAUCGCCAGCAGAGCUCCUGCCAUCAGCCAUGCUGCCCCCGUUCGCAGCUUCCACGUAUCAAUGGGUAUGAGGGUGGGCAUCAUGCCUGGUGAAGAGGACCCGAAGCCCAAAGAGAGCGAAGCCCAUGACGAACCCGGCAAACCCACGGAGCUCUCAAUAGAAGAGUUCCACGAGCGCGCAGACUACUACCUGGGCGAGCUGGUACAGAGGUUAGAGGAGGCCCAGGAGAACGACCCGGCCAUCGAAGUAGACUACUCCGCUGGCGUCCUCGAAGUCACUUUCCAAGAGAACACAUUUGUACUGAACAAACAACCCCCGAACAAGCAGAUCUGGCUCAGCUCCCCAAUCUCCGGACCGAAGCGAUUCGACUGGGUCGUCGCACAAGAGGGCAUGGACUUCAAGGAGGGUGGUGGCAUCGGCGACUGGGUAUACAUGAGGGACGGCAGCUCGCUCACUGAGAUUCUCAGGAAAGAGCUGGGCGUUGACGUCAGUGUCGACGAUCAGGUCCCGCGUUAAUGGAGCGGGCUGUAGUCGGUAGCACAUGCUUUAGUACGCUCUCUCGUCGCAGAGCACGUCUGGAAAGAUGGAGUCUUCUGGCUAUGAGAGUAUACACGAUGACACGGUAGCCAAUAGCGAAAAGCGACAACGACUU